CGUUGAAAUCCAUAGAAGCCGAAGGAUAGGGCCACAAAUAUCCAGAACACCGCAUUGAUCAGCAUCAAUAAUGUCUUCAGAAUUGGCUCAUAUAAUAGAUGCGGAGUCCCCCGUGGACCCAGUGGAAUUGUUCAAACAGCUAAUAGAAACAAACGGCCCAGAUCCGUUGCAGACCAUGAAUUUGGCUACUUUGGAUGAGGAAUUUGGUGUACUCAACCGAACGGUUUUAUAUCGUGGCUUAACUUCUGAUAACAAUAUAUUCUAUAUAACCCAACGAUAUACACGAAAUUGCAAAAACCUAGUGGCCAAUCCCAAAGCGUCUUUAACUUUUUAUUUGCCAAAUUUAAAGAACCGCCAAGAGGAAGCUACCUGGCAAAUUCGUUUACUAGGAGCCGUUGCCGAAGAAUUGCCCGAUAGUGAACUCGAUGCCUUAUGGGCCAGUGAGCAACUGCCGGCCCAAAUACGUGCCUACGUUUGUCCUUGCGGCGAGCCUGUGGACUAUCAGCAGCUUAAAGCAAGACAUGACAAUUUCCUUAAGGAGCAUAUAAAGAACGGAGGUGGCAAACCAAUAGCCCGACCAUCUUCCUACACUGCCUUCCAGUUUCGACCCCAACGUUGGGACUUCCUUAAAGUGGGCGUGGGCCAGGUAGCUGAUCGUCUGCAAUAUCGUCGAAAGGAAAAUGGCAAAUGGCAAUCAUUGCAUGUGGCUACCUAGGCCGACUCACAAAAAAAAAACACAAUACCAAACUAAAUUUUUGACUUUUUUUUAUUUCAUUUACAUUUUAUUUCAACAAUCGCUUUCUACAAAACAACUAAACAUACAAUGUAUAAAAUUUAACAACUAAAAUUUCACUUUUUUGUUCUUUU